AUGUCGGAAUUAUCGCACCCCACACAGGUGGAGAAUGACGAGACUCUUGUCCAGCCCAAGUCGCGCUCAUUAUAUCGCUCAGUACCGUUCCAAAUCGCCGUAGCAUGCGGGGUGUCCUUUACUGCUCCGGGGAUGUGGGACGCUCUUGGUGGACUCGGCGCUGGUGGUGCUGCUGAACCCUAUGCGGUCUCGGCUGCAAAUGCCAUCCUCUACGCUCUCUUUGCCGUUGUCUGUGUCGCUGCUGGUGCAAUCAACAACAGAAUAGGGCUGAAGUGGGGACUGGCUAUCGGAGCUAUUGGAUACCCGCUGUACGGUGCUGGUCUUUACACCAAUAAUAUCAACGCUACGACCUGGUUCCUCAUCUUCGGGUCUGCUCUCUGUGGCGUCUCGGCUGGUUUCUUCUGGUCUGCCGAAGCAGCAAUCAUCAUUGGCUACCCCUCGCCCAAGGACCGGGGAUUCUACCUCGCCGUCUGGCAGACCGCCAAGGCGUCUGGACCGAUUGUUGGCGGUGCUAUCAACCUCGGUCUGAAUGCCAAUAGGGAUCAAGCCGGAUCAGUCGGAUCCGCCACCUACAUCGUCUUCAUCGUCAUCAUGUGCCUCGGUCUCCCCAUCGCUCUCUGCCUCAGCCCAGCUGAGAAGGUGUGGCGUAAGGAUGGGACGCGUGUCAUUAUGCAGAAGGAAGCCUCGUGGGGUGCUGAGUUUGCCGCGGUCGCUCAGCUCUUGACCACCAAGCGGUACCUCCUCCUCCUUCCCGCCUUCUUCAUUUCCUACUUCUACAACGGCUUCAUGAGCACCUGGCUUACCUCAUAUUUCACUGUCCGGUCCCGAGCAUUUUCGUCCUUUUUUACCAACUUUGCCGGGAUCAUCAGUUCGUUCAUCAUCGGAUACCUACUAGACCGUCAAUCCAUCAAUAUCAAGACCCGUGCUCGAUCCGCUUUCUUGGUGAUCGUCGCCGUCCUCACCGGUACCUGGAUCGCCGCCCUCGUUCUGCAGAGCAACUUCUACGGCCAGAACCCCAAGCCCGUCUAUGACUGGUUCACAGUUGGUUUCAACGGCCCCUACGCUAUCGUCUUCUUCUGGCAAUUUGCUGGUCAAGCGUUCCAGCAGUUCCUGUACUGGAUCGUUGGGCAAUACGCCACCAACAUGGGCAACCUCAGCCGCGGUGUUGGUAUCUUGAGGGGUGUCGAGGCGCUUGGUCAGACCGUCGCUUGGGCUAUGCAGUCCCAGGGCAAUGCCAACCACUUCAUCUCCAUCGGACUCAACUUCGGUAUCCUCAUCCUUAGCAUCUGGCCGACGUGGAUCGUGCUCAACGGUCUGGACCGGAAUCACGAGGGUGAUGAUGCCGAUGGAAAGGCGGCAGUCAAGGCUGUGGGGACCGAGAGGCGCUUCAGCGGGGAGGAGGACAGCACGAAGGGUAGAGGAUACUAG